AUGGCGGUCAAGCUCCUGCUUCCGUUAGCGUUCCUAAUAGCCCAAGUGUCAUGCGGUCAGAACAGUCUGACCUUCGUCAUAGACAACUCCCCGUCUAUGGACAAUGAAAUCUCGCAAAGGUAUACAGGAGAAGAAGGUAUUGUUUUGAAAGAAAGGUCGAGUCAAAUUGAAGAUAUAGUGCUGGUGACAUUCAGAAAUCAUGGCGACCGAACACAGCCCUCCGCUAUUCUUAGGAAAAAGACCCGUGAUGCGAGAGAACUUAAGCAGGCUCUAGGCUCAAUUACUUUAGACUCUGCGUACUGUUUAGAGGUCGCUCUCUCGGGUAUCAGGAAAGGUUUAGAGGAGAGUCGCCGAGGUUCUUACUUGUAUGUCUUUACUGACACCACAUCAGAGGACUACAACAGAUUUGAGGAGAUCAAGACUAUGUGUCAGGAAAAACAAAUUCAGGUCGUUAUAAUAAUCACUGAUAUCACCUGCGGUGGAGAGUCUGAUGCAGGGUACAAGGUUUACCACAAAAUAGCAAUGGCGUGUAGCGGACAAGUCUUUAGAGUCGAUAAAGGAGAAGUCAACCAGGUAAUCGAGGAUGUAAAGGAAACCAUUAAGGGCGACAGGACUGUGGUGGCGGUCGAAACGGUCCCUGCAUAUACAUGGAAAGAUGUACCUUUCACAAUCGACGAGCAGACGGAGUACGCUGUGGUGUCAGCUUCUGGGACAGAUGUGGUUCUACAGGUUUAUGACUCGAACUCCCGCGUGAAAACCGGCACGCAAAUUACGUGGACGAAGAAUGUGAAGGUCACCAAACUUCAAAAUUUAGUUCCCGGCACCUACACAGCGAAGGUGAAGGGCAACUCUCAAGUCAGCAUAAUGGUGUUCGGACGUACGGACUUCAAUUUCCAACAUGGCUUCUCCACUGCAGUGCAAACUAACAUGAAGGCUACUGACACACAACCCACUACAGCCGUCGCAACACUCUUAAUGGUGUCCGUGCAAGACAAGAAGCAUUCCGCGCUCAUUCAGGCGGUGGAGCUGCUGGACAUGCGCGACCAGGUCGCCAGGAGGCUGCCGCUUACGAACGUGCAAGGAGACAUUUACAAGACCGACAUGUUCCUGUCACCUGAACAUACGUUUAAGAUCGCUGUAGUUGGAACAUCGGAAAGCACUGGGAGCACGGUGAAACGCGUUGCUAAAACGCCAGUCACGCCAAUACAAUCAGUGGCUCCAGCAAUAUCCAAAACACCGACAGUUCUGCGCGUAAAUGAAGGCGCAUCAGUCGACGUACACUGCAGAAUUAUCGCAGGCAAACCUCAUCCUCAAAUAUCGUGGUACGUGAAAAAGCAAGGCGCGAGCACAUUCACACCUCUCCCAGACACAGACGUAGUUUACCACGUGGUCGCAGCUCUGACAAACGAUCAGUACAAGUGCGUUGCGAGGAAUGUUAAAGCUACAGACGAAUAUACUGUAACUCUUGACUUGCAAAGCCCACCGCGGAUAGUGUUCAUCCCGCCGAACACCGCAGAGUACUCUGGCGUAGAAGGCGACGUAGCCAUGAGACUCCCGUGUGUCGCUCUAGGAUUCCCCACCCCCACUAUCCAAUGGGAGGUCGACAACAAAGUUGUUGGCAGAGACAAAUCAAAGGACCUGUACGUAGAAAACAACGCAUUGAUUCUGCGAAACCCUAAAGAAGUUCACUCCAGCAUCAAUUCUCACUACGUCUGUCGUGCCAAGAAUAACAACGGCGAAACUGCUCAACCCUAUGAAGUUACUAUUUCGAAAUAUGUAGAUUCUGGUAACGCUAAUGGUAGCCACUACGGUUCUCUAGACCACCCAUACGAUUUCGUCUGUCCACUGCCCUAUACGGACCCCAAUUCAGUGAGGUGGUUCAAGAAUUUCACUCACUACAUGAAUGGCCCGUCUUUACACUUCGAUCAUCCGACGGACAUUGACAGUGGCAACUACACCUGCCGCGUUAGCGAUAUGAACGGAGCUGUCUCUCAUACUGUCGAAAUAGUUUUUGGCUCUGCUCCUAAAAGAGAUCGAUCGUCAUUCAAUAUUAAGUGGAGUGGAGAAGAAUGGAAAAAAAUGGCUUGUUAUUCCAAUGAGAGUCCUGUGGGCAAGUAUGAAUGGCUUUACAACGGGAAGAAAAUAGAAGGUGUGCAUGAGCAAUCCCUGCUGCCAAUCGGCUGGGGACAAUAUACUUGUCAAAUCACUCACCCUCUCGGAAACCUGGCCCUCAACUUCCAAGUUACAACUAAGGACAAAGAAUGUGGGAUCCCAACAUCAUUUUUAAAGACGGAACAUGCACCUCUUGUAUUGGACUCGUCCCUAACAUGGCUUUCCAUACCAACCAGCGGACAGUAUUUAAUGAUGCCACACACUGAAAAACUUCAGUUGAUUUGUCAAGAUGAAAAAUCAUCUUCAAACCGUUUCAAUAAAUUUCCUGCAUCAAAAUCAAUUACCGCUACAUGCGACAAAGAAGAUUCUUUCAUAGUUGACGGCAGUAUUCAGAAAAUAUCGGAAUUAAACUGCAAAAACAGCGUAACAUCAAGUGUUCUUAAAACAGGAAGACCUUGUCUGGGUGCGAAUACAGAGCUGCAGCAAGUUGGAUUCCACGUUAACGGCUUCACUGAUGUUUAUCAAUCCUGCGUGGAUACCGUCAGAAACGUUCCGUUGUAUACGAAAAUGAAUACAAUUGGUAUAAAGAAGCCCCUUCUUUAUACUAAUGAAAAAAUUAAGAAGGUUAAAAGUACUUGUGUGGACAGAUGUUGCUAUGAAAAGAUACAGUUAGUGAACGCUGAUGAUGUCAGCUUUGGUCCAGCUGAGAAGGCAACAUUCAUCGAAUCUCUCAACUUUGUGAAUUAUUGCAAGCCAAAAAACAACACGAAUUGGCAUGAUAUAGAAGAGAUAAGUAGGGAAAGAGCGGAAAAUGAACAAUUUACGGUUUGGUCUGGAGCAGGAAGCUACGAGCAAGUAGGCGGGAAUUGGACACCCAAGUAUUUAUGGAAGGUCAUAAAAGAGUCGGACACAUCGGAGAAGAUGGUGGUGAUCCAUGAGAACACAGAACCAGCUGGACCCAAGUUGUGCUCCGGCGCAUGCGGCGAGGAGGUCGUCUGGUUCGAGCCGAUGGGCGACCGCACGUACUGCUGCAAUGUGGAUGACUUCAAGAAAGCAUUCGGUGUUACCAUAGAUUUUAAUUAGAGUUUUAAGGGUCUCCGGCAAG